AAAUCUGAGAUUUAGUCCAAUGUUGAAAAGCUGGAAGCUUGAAAAGAAGGUACAGAUUGGUCUGAGCAGAAGGAAAAUUUAAAGGAAUUUGAUACUCCAAAAAGGGGGAAAAUAGUUUGGUCAGAGGAAAGGAAGAAUAUAAGGAAGUCCAUGCUUGAAAAGGAAGACAAAGAUCACGCGGUGUUAUGUUAUAAUAGUAGAAUACAUCUGCUGAAUCAAUCAUUGUUCAAUCACGGUAAAAGUUGUGAAGGACAGUGAACAUUUUUGUUUCUUCACAUCAGAAUGCGACACACUGCUUCUUGAUUUAUUGUGAGUGAUAAGAAAUUCUUAAAACGGAUGUAUUUCAGUUACUAGAUUUACUAUUUCCUUUACGGGGAAAUUUGUUGCUGUCUCCAAGUGGUAUUUUACGACAAAGUGUGCGAUUUUGUUUGACGAAGACUGAACACUACAGAUCAGGUAUGCUUUCGCUAGGAGAAGAGAUCCACCUCCUGAAGAUGUCAAUUUUAGAGCAGGUUCGUUUCCACAUAGCCCACCUGCUUGAGAUCCAGAACAAGCCCAAGCAAGCUAAGGAGGCCUAUGAACAACUGCUACAAGCUGAGGGAUUGCCAAACACUGUCAAGGCCAAUAUCUACAGGCAGCUUGGCUGGAUGCACCACUGCAUAGACCAGUUAGGAGAGAAGCAAGCUCGCGAGGUCAUCGCUGUCCAGUGUCUGCAGAAGUCCAUUGAGGCUGACCCGUCCAGUGGACAGAGCUGGUACUUCUUGGGACGCUGUUUUUCCAACGUGGGAAAAGUUCACGAUGCUUUUGUAUCAUACAGGCAGUCCAUAGAUAAAUCGGAGGCCAAUGCUGAUACGUGGUGCUCUAUUGGAGUACUCUACCAGCAGCAGAAUCAGCCAAUGGAUGCCUUGCAGGCCUAUAUCUGCGCCAUACAGUUAGACAAGUCACAUGUUGCCGCGUGGACGGACCUGGGAGUGCUGUAUGAAAGCGUGAACCAGUUGAAAGAUGCGUUGACGUGCUAUAUCAAUGCUGCUAAAAAUAAUAAAGCCUACAUGAAUUCUAAUCUACAAAAUCGCAUCAAGUUCCUCCAGCAACAGCUGAGCAAUAUCCCAAUGGAGAACUUGCAGCCAAAGAACAAGCCAUUGCCAAGUAUAGAAGAAGCCUGGAGUCUGCCCAUCCCAGCAGAGCUGACAUCAAGACAAGGAGCCAUGAACACACAGGCAAAGAUAGCUCAACAGCAGAGGCUGGGGAUGCACCCCCAGUACAUGCACUCCAAUACCCCCAGCCCCCACACCCCCAGCAGCUUGUCCCCAGGGGCCAACACCCCGCACUUCAACAACAACAUGAAUGGGGUGAGGGGAGGGCCACAACAGAUGGGACCACACCCCUCACAACAACAACAACAACAGAGGAUGAGCCCAGGGGCGGCCACCCCUCCUCAGGCCCUGGGGCCCCAUCACCCCCACGGGGCCGUCCCCCAGCCCAUGGCGGGACACAUGCCUCAGAUGCAGCCUGGGGGGAUGGGGGUGGGACACGGACCGGGACAGAUGCCUCCCCACAUGGGACCCCAGGGACCGCUGCGACACAUGGGACCGAGCGGGAUGCCAUCUGGCGGUGGAGGUCACAUGCAGAGUAGUAGCCUGGCGGCCAUGCAGCAGAUGAGCCAGAAUGCAGCGGCCGCGGCAGCCCUGCAGCAGAUGGAGAGUCAGGAGCAGCCGGGAAAUGCGCCUAAAAGAAGGAAGAGUCAAGGGAAGAAGAAGUCCAGCAGCCAGACCCCAGAGCCCCAGGGACCACCCCAGGGUCCACCCCAGGGUCAGGUGCCCCCAUUUUACCUCAGUCAACCACAGAUGCAACAAAUGAACAUGUUGCUGAUGCAGCAAAGUCAGGGUAACUUAGCACCACAGCAUCAGCAGUUGUUACAUCAGUUACAACAGCAGUAUUACAUGCAGCAGCAACAUCAGCAACAAAUGAUGAAUGCGCAGGGCCAGCAACAACACAUGAAUAUGCCCAGUCCAGGGCACGCCAGCCCAGCACACAGUCCAGGACACGCAGGCCACAUGCCAGGGAACAUGCAUAAUACUCCGCCUCCUCCUUACCCAGGUAAUGUGCCUACAAGACCAAUGCAAGCUGGUCAUCCUGGAUUUCCUCCUAAUUCCCAGAAUUUCCGACCACCGCUUCCAGGCGGUGGGGACUUCCCUGGAGGACCUGGACACAUGCCUUAUGCCCAGCACCGUAACUCUCUACCUCACUCUUCACAGCCGCCAUCACAACAGCCGCGACCAAACAUUCCAUUACCUCAGGGCCACCUUACUGCUGCCGGGCCAUCAAACGUGCAGCCUCCCUCUUCAUUGCCAUCCAGUUCACAGGCAGGGCCUGGUUUUCCAGGGGGAGGGAGUUCUCAGGGUGGAACCUUCCCUCAUAGUUCCCUUACUCUGGGCGAUUUGUCAGACAGUGAUUUGCCAAAAGAUUUACAAAACAUAGAUCAGGAGUUGACCGCUCUUUUAUCGCAAAAAGACAUUGCUACCUCCCUUGCAGAAGAUCUCCUUGCUCAGUUUGCUCAAAGUCAUGAUAAAGAGGGCGCCGGUGGUAUCAUGGAAGGAAACCAUUCACAGGCGCGGACAGACAGUCAGAUAGACGCGGAUUUAAGCUCACUAAGUGCUGACUUAUUUAAGAGUGUGUCGGGUGGAGCGAAAAUGGAACCAUUUUCUGAAUCAUCACGGACAGCACAGCAUGUGACGGAUACCAACUUGGAAGGCGACAAUAACAAGAUCUCUGAAGAAGGGGAUAAGAAAGAUACAGAAGGAAAGGAUUCAUCUGUCCUCAGUGAACUUCGUAUCAACACAGGGACCACGGGGCGCUCUCCAGGCCCCCUCCUCUCCCCCUCCAGUCUCUCCAUCAACAUGAGCUCAUCUCAGCUCCUGGCAGCCUGUAAAGGUCUGGGCAGCAACGGCCUCUCCAACACCAGCAUUAUGUCCGAGCGGUGCCCCCCGCCUGCCCCUCCCGCACCGCCAUAUCCGCCCCUACCGAAAGACAAGCUGAACCCUCCAACACCCAGCCUCUAUCUGGAGAGCAAGCGGGAUGCGUUUUCGGUUGAGCUGCAGCAGUACUGUUUGUCGCAGCCUGUUGCUGUUAUUCGUGGCCUGGCUGCGGCACUUAAGUUGGAUCUCAGUUUGUUUUCGACCAAGUCCCUGGUGGAGGCAAACCCUGACCAUGUGAUGGAGGUUCGAUCUCAGAGGAAGCAACUCCCAGAUGAAAACCAGGACAUCUAUGGCAAUAACGUGUGGAAGUGUGACAGCACCAGAUCUCACACCUCAGUGGCAAAGUAUGCACAGUACCAGGCUGCCUCAUUUCAGGAGUCAUUGAAGGAGGAACAAGACAAAGCUAUGGGUAUUUUCAAAGGAGACAGUGACAGUGACUCAAGCUCUUCAGGUGGAGGCAAAGGCAACAAGAAAAAGUUCAAGAUGCUGAAGUUUGGCACCAAUGUUGAUCUUUCUGAUGAGAAGAAGUGGAGACCUCAGCUACAAGAGCUUACAAAACUACCAGCAUUCACACGGGUUGUUUCUGCCUCCAAUGCCCUGAGUCACGUGGGUCACACCAUCCUGGGGAUGAACACAGUGCAGCUGUACAUGAAGGUCCCAGGGAGUAGAACCCCGGGGCACCAGGAGAACAAUAACUUUGCCUCAGUGAAUAUUAAUAUCGGCCCUGGUGACUGCGAGUGGUUUGGGGUCCCUGAGGAGUACUGGGGAGUCAUUAAUAACAUGUGUGAAAGACAAGGCAUCAACUACCUGAUAGGGUCAUGGUGGCCACUGCUGGAGGAUCUCUAUGAAGAGAACAUCCCUGUGUACAGAUUUAUCCAGAAGCCAGGAGACCUGGUCUGGGUGAACUCAGGAACUGUGCACUGGGUACAGGCUAUUGGCUGGUGUAAUAACAUAGCCUGGAAUGUAGGUCCACUCACUGUCCGCCAGUACCAGCUGGCAGUGGAGAGAUACGAGUGGAACAAGCUGCAGAGCGUCAAGUCCAUAGUCCCAAUUAUUCACCUGUCUUGGAAUCUGGCAAGAAACGUGAAAAUAUCCGAGCCAAAGCUGUUUGAGCAAAUCAAAUACUGUCUCCUGCGUACCUUGAAGCAGUGCCAGAUGACACUGGAGUAUAUAAAGACCCUGGGUCUGGAAGCUAAGUGGCACGGGAGGUCCAAGGGGGAGGCUGCUUAUUACUGUAAUAUAUGUGAGAUUGAGGUCUUCAACAUCCUGUUUGUGAUUGAGCAAGAGAAGAAGUUCCACGUACACUGCCUGGACUGUGCCAGGAAGACCAGCUCUACUCUGGAAGGCUUCAUUGUCCUCAAUCAGUAUACCAUGGACGACCUGAUGGAGGUCUAUGAUAACUUUCAGUUGCAUCAGCAAAAGAGUGCUAUAACUGCCUCCUCCUCAUGAUGACUGGCUGAUCAUGUGACAUUUCUUCAUUGUGAUUGGCUGAGAGUUUGAUCAUGUGACUACAAUAUCAGCUUACACCAAAGAUCUCAAGGAACUCUGGGGCAAAGAGCAAAAUGUGAUGUGGCUGUCCCUAGACAAAGAGGACUAUGACAGCAUUAAGUAAACUUCCGUUUAGGUGGGGUAUCUAGUAGCAGUGUAGAAGGCAGUGUUGUUAUAAAAAAACUUAUUCUUUGCGAGCUGCUUUGUUAUAAUUCAGAAAAGGUCAUUUUGCUGGCUACAAUUAUUGUGGAUAACACUUAGGUGUCUUCUGCUAGUGCUCCCAUUUUGGCUGAAUGGAUAGAUAGAUGGCAGCACAAAGCAAGAUAUGCCUAUCCAAUGAAAGAUAUUGCUUUCAUCCUGUGGCACUGAUUACCAGAGGAAGAAUAUGGACCUCACCCUCUUUAUGCUAAAAUUAUGUACUGAUGAAUACACAUAGUAUUUAUUCUUUAAAAAUGUUUACUUUAUAUAUCUCCUAAUCACUAUGCUUAAAGUAUUGAUGGUUAUGAUAUUCUUAAACAUGAUGCUCCUGGGUAAAGGUGUAGAACCAAGAUUGGAGCCAUAAUGCAAUGCCAUUACUAUUGCAGCCAACCUAAAGCAACAACAACGAUGCUAAUAUACAGCUCUGAGUACCUCAAGGAAAUAUACACACAUAUAUAAUAUAUGAUAUGAAUAUGUAUACAUGAGCAAUAAGUACAAGCUCUAACACUGCCAACCAGAAAUUAUAUAUAUUAAUUAUGGAAGUGUUCCAUACACAAAUGUUAAGAUCUCAACAUUUUCUACCAAUAUGUAUGCUUGUUAAUGACCAGUGUAAAUGAUAAGGGUUAAUUUUAUAUUUAAAACAUAAUAACAUGGUGCAGUCCAGAAAUGUAUACACUGGAGUGAUGCAUAUACAUUAAGCUAAUAACAAAGUUAUAUAUGUGUAUAUGAGAUAUUUAUUAUUCAAUACGAGGCACAGUUGUUAAUAAUGGGUCUUCUAUUCAGGCCAACCAUUUUAAAGAGUAUUUAUACUUGAGAUAUAGGUCAUUUAGGACAUGGGUUUGUUAGUUUAAAGAUAACAUUUGCAAAUUAAAUGGCAUAUUUUUACAUGGAAUUAUUUUGCUUGAAAUAUUGCAUAUUGAAAGUAGAUGUUAAUUUCAUGGCAUGGUUUGUAGUUUUGCACAGUUCUUCUGUUGAGCACAAGAGGUGCAGUGUGUUGACUGUAAAGCUGUUUAUUGAUAUCAUUAUUAAGGGAUGUCUAUACAUCAUACCUGUGCUUGUUUAAAUAAAUGGGUGAGUUAAAUUAUAGAUUUGGAAUCAUUAAACUGAAGUUAAAGAGUGUAUAUAUAAGUUAUCCCCAUGGGUACAAUUAGUUAAUGUACAAAUCACUAGGUGGAGACACAUCUGUUUGUGGCUUAUCACCAGGUGGAAACACUAGUGUAGAUAUCCAAGAGAUACUGGAUCAGAAUUAAUCAAAUGUAGUAAAAAGCAUGAUUCAUUUAUUUUCUUUAUCUUUUUCCGCUGAUAAUUCUUCAGUUGCUCAUUUUUGUACAUUUUGUAAAUAGGUGACACCUUUUCUUUUCUAAGUCCCUACCUCUAAUUUUUUGUAGCUUAGCUUAUUUUGAACACAGGUUCAUCUAACAUCCUCUAACCUUGUGUAAUGUAUGCUCAUUAAGUCCUAAAUACAUUGUAGAAAUGCAAGAAAUUCUGGUUCAUUCUCUGACCCACUUGGUAAACUGAAAUCUGCACGUUUAUAUUUCAGCAUAUAGGGUAAACAAGGUAUAUCGUUUUGUUGUAAUCUUUUAUAAGGGGGUACUAUGAAAAACUGAUUUUUUUUUUUGGGGGGGGGGGUAUUUGUUUGCUUUUGCCAGUUAUAUACUUGAACUAAGUUUGUGUUGAAGCUGAGGUCAUUUAAUGUAUCACAUCUGCUAUUGUGUCUUUCUCUACCAUUCAGUCCACCUCCAAAGUGUCGGCAAAUUGAAAAAAAGAGCUAGUUACAGCUGAUACUAAGAAUUAAUAAUCUGUUUUGUUAUCUUGAAAACCGUGUCUAAGAGUGAAAGUUACUUCCAAUGUUUUUUUUCUGAUUUUCUCAUGUCUUCAUUUUUUAAAACUUGAUUUGAAAAACCAAUUUAUGUAGUAAAUGUACCAAAGUAAGGAGCAAAAAUGAUUCUCAGAUCUUAGUUCAUCACGAUUCAAGCUAUCAUCGCCACUGCAGUAUGGAAUUGGUACCCUUACCUUACAGUCUUGUCGUGUUUGCAUUUUCUGUAAUUGAUUCAUCCUCUGUUUGACCAGGUUGGAAGGGUUUUUUCAAUGGUAUUUUUAAAAAAUAUUUUCAUGUAGAUUAUUUUGAGGCAAAUUUUAAAACGGGACUUUCUUGGCCAUUCAGUAAAAUUGUAAAUAUUUCGUUCUUUAAUCAUCUUGAUUUUCGAUAGAAUAUCAUUUUGAAUAUCUUUUUCUUUUCGGAAAAAGAGUUAAUGUCUGUAGAAAUUUACCGUAUAGUACCGUCAACAUUAGAUUGCUAUCACUGAUAGGUGUUUCAGACAUUGUUUUGUUUUGCUAAUACGUAGAUUGUACAUGUAGCAACUGAACUAAAUAAUUGAAAAUAAAUA